AUGGCACCCCCACACCCUCUAGAUCCCCUCUCCUCCGCCGAGAUUGAGAAGGCGAUCGCGCUCGUCACCAGGACUCACGGCGACGUCUUUUUCAAUGUUGUCUCCCUCCACGAACCGCGCAAGGCCGAGAUGACGGCAUGGCUUGCCUCUCCCUCAACACCCCGCCCGCGUCGCAUUGCCGACGUCGUGGUGAUCGCAAAGGGCGGCCACGUCUACGACGGUCUUGUUGACCUUGCCUCUGGCGUCAUCACAAAGUGGGAGCUCAUGCAGGGCGUUCAGCCCAUUAUCACAAUGGAAGAGCUCCAAAUCGUCGAACACAUCGUCCGCACCGACCCCAAGGUCAUUGAGCAGUGCGAGAUCUCCGGCGUCCCCCGUUCCGAAAUGCACAAAGUCUACUGCGAUCCCUGGACAAUUGGUUACGAUGAGCGCCACGGCAACACCAUCCGCCUGCAGCAAGCCCUCAUGUACUACCGCCCCGACCCCGAUACCUGCCAGUACCAAUACCCGCUCGACUUCUGCCCCAUCUACGACGCCGACAAGCAGGCAAUCAUCGCCAUCGACAUCCCCAAGGUGCGCCGCCCUCUCAGCAAGGCCGCGCCGAUCGACUACCACCCGGCCGCGAUCCAGAAGCAGGGCGGCUACCGCCGCGACCUGAAGCCCAUCAACAUUACCCAGCCCGAGGGCGUCUCCUUCAAGAUGGCGGGGCGCGAGAUCGAGUGGCAGAACUGGAAAUUCCACAUCGGCUUCAACUACCGCGAGGGCAUCGUGCUCAGCAACAUCACCUACAACGACAAGGGCAACGUGCGCCCCAUCUUCUACCGCCUGUCGCUGGCCGAGAUGGUCGUCCCCUACGGCAACCCCGAGCACCCCCACCAGCGCAAGCACGCCUUCGACCUCGGCGAGUACGGCGCGGGAUACAUGACCAACAGCCUGUCGCUCGGCUGCGACUGCAAGGGCGAGAUCCACUACCUCGACGCCGAGUUCCCCACGCGAAACGGCAGCGUGAGGACCAUCAAGAACGCCAUCUGCAUCCACGAGGAGGACAGCGGCAUUCUCUUCAAGCACACCGACUUCCGCGACGACUCCGUCAUCGUCACCCGCGGACGCAAGCUCAUCAUUCAGCAAAUCUUUACCGCCGCCAACUACGAAUAUGCCAUCCAGUGGAUUUUCCACCAAGACGGCACGAUCCAGCCCGAGAUCAAGCUCACCGGCAUCCUCAACACCUACGCCAUGAACCCGGGCGAGGACACCAAGGGCUGGGGAACCCAGGUGUACCCCGGCGUCAACGCCCACAACCACCAGCACCUCUUCUGCCUGCGCAUCGACGCCAACGUCGACGGGCCCCGCAACACGGUCUUCAUGGUCGACGCCGUGCCCUCCGACGCGCCCGUCGGGUCCCCCGAGAACUUUUACGGCAACGGCUUCACGGCCAAGCGCACCAAGCUCGACACCACCGGCAAGUCCAGGACAGACUACAACGGCGCGACCGGCAGGACGUGGGAGAUUAGCAACACGGAGAAGCUGCACCCUUACAGCGGAAAGCCGGCGUCGUACAAGCUCGUCAGCAGGGAAGUCCCGGGACUGCUUCCCAAGGAGGGCUCACUGGUGUGGAAGCGCGCCGGGUUUGCUCGCAACGCGGUCAUGGUCACAAAGUACCGCGACGACGAGCUCUGGCCCGCGGGCCGCCACGUGCCCCAGACCUCGGGCGAACCCUCCCGCGGCAUCCCCGAGUGGAUCGGCGACGGCACCGAGGCCAUCGAGCAGGACGACGUCGUCUUCUGGCACACCUUCGGCGUCACGCACAUCCCCGCGCCCGAGGACUUCCCCAUCAUGCCCGUCGAGCCCAUCACGCUGCUGCUGCGCCCCCGCAACUUCUUCACCAACAACCCCGUCAUGGAUGUGCCGCCCAGCUACGCCAGCACGCCGAGCCAGGUCGCUGCCGGCAAGGGCGUGUUGGAUGCCACGGACAAGGUCAGCAAGCUUGCUUUCGAGGGCGGAUCGUGCUGUGCGGGGAAGAGCAAGUUGUGA